AGUUGAUUUUGUCGGGGUAAAAGCUGUCUCAAAGCCAGAUGCUACAAAUAUAACUGAAGCAGUGUGCAGUAUAAUGGAAAGUGGAGUUAGCACUGAUUGGAAGAACAACCUAGUGGCAAUCACCACAGAUGGAUCAUCUGUAAUGACAGGAGUAAACAAUGGUGUAGUUACAAAACUGCGUGCAGACAGACCAAAUGUGCUGGGGAUCCAUUGCAUGGCCCAUAAGCUAGAGCUUGCCUUUUCAGACGGAAUAAGGAAAAAUGUGAUGGCCAGGAAAGUUGAGGACCUGUUGAGUGGACUCUACACCUUAUAUCAUAAAAGUGGAGUGAACAGGGCCAGCCUAAAGCACCACUUCAGGGAGCUCCACAUGAAGGCUUUGAUGCCAACCAGAGCAGGUGGAACCCAGUGGCUACCACAUCUCUUCAAAGCACUUGACCAUUUUCUCAGGGGAUAUGCUGGCAUUGUACGCCACUUGGAGGCGAAGGUAUGUUAAUUUAUAGCCUACUAAAACCAGCAGUGUAGAUGGAUUAUUUAAUGUUUGCUUUCGUUUUCUCUCCAUCAGUUUUAAAUGCUGUCUGAUAUAAUGCAGUUGUUUUGUUUGUAGUCCCAGGAGGCCACAAACAUCAAUUCUGUUCUGAGGGCAAAAGCCAAGGGGUUCCUCAACAUAGGCAAGGAUGGUGGAGUGCUCAUGUUUUGCUGUCUUCUCCAUGACACCAUCUAUCAACGGAGCAACCUCUCCAAGUCACUGCAGAGGUCAGUGUCAACCCUGGCUGAAGCUCAGUCAUAGAAAGAUACAAGUCAAGACCUGGGCCUAAGCUGAGAGCAGUGCUGGACACAGACUCCUAUGAGGGAGGCCUUCUGAAGCCUACUGAUGCCGACCAGCACAACAAGGCAAUGAAUGAGCUAAUCGAUUCUCUGUGCCGGUGCAUCACUGCUAGAUUUAGUGAUGUGAACAGUGGUGUCCUGCAGGCUAUGCGGCUGACCAGUUUCCAGUGCUGGCCAGAGGCAGACACGAGUUCAGAUUUUGGUGAUGAAGAGGUAAACAAACUCAUCAGUCACUUCCGACCUCUUUUACUGUCCGCUGGAGUGGAUGUGGAGUUGAUCCCUGAUCAAUGGACAAUUCUCAAGACUGAACUGUACACAGCAGGAUUCAGCCAAGGAACCUUUGAGAAGACCUGGCCUACUGUGAACAGAAUUCUGCACCAUCGGUGUCCUGAUGUCCUUGAUCUUUUUGAUGCUCUCCUCACCAUCCCUGCAACUACAGCUGACUGUGAAAGAGGGUUCAGUGUUAUGAAGCAGGUAAAGAGUGACAGGCGCUCACGCCUAAAAGGUGAGACCCUCUCUGACCUAAAACCCAGUUGUGCUCACCUGACAUCAAAUACUUUGAUCCAACUUUGA